AGAGGAAAGAGAUAGCGUCAAAUCACUUCUGCUUCACAGCUCACCAUAUAUAAAAAGAAAAUCCAAAGUUAAAUAAACCCAAAAAACGAAAAGAUUCGAACUGUUUUGUUGUUCCAGAUUUUGCCCUCUUUUGUCUGUUCCGAAUUAUAGAGAUCUCCAUUGUGGUAAAUCCGAAAAUAAGCCAAAAACUCAGAGCCUUUUGGACCCAAAACUAUAAACUCGACCUAUCUUCAAUAACGGUGGGAUUUGGAAGCGUCUUCCGGCUCAGUUUGUGAGUUAGAUCUGUUACUGAUUGAACAAAAUGGUUUUCUCUGCAAUCAUUUGAUGGUACUUCAUUAAUUCAGUAUGGAUUGAUUCGGAAUGGAUGGGGAAACGGUGGGAUGUCGUUUGUUUUUGUGUUCUGACCGAUGCUAGUCAAAUGCUUCGUGAAAUUUUCAGAUCUAUAGUGUAAUUUCAGAAUCUAGCAAAUAAUUUUGGGAAUAGAAAGCUAGAAACUCGAAGGACUAGAGAGAGAGCUUCAAGAGGUGAAAUUUUGAUCGGAAUCGCUUCAGAUGGAUUUUGAUGAUAUUCGUAUGAUUUUACUGAAGUCAAAUGUGGAUGUGUGGACUUUGAUUGAAACGGCGAUCGCCGUUGCUUCAUUGGACUGCGGUGAAGAAUUGAAGCACCGGAGGGACUCGAUCGUUGAGAAACUCUACGCGAGCUCGGGUCAGCGGUCGGGUAGCUGCCACGAUGACGAUGAUCGUCGGAAGCGGAACGGUCACCACGUGACUACCAAGACUUGGAUCGAGAAUGAGAACAGUCCGAUCGAGAAAGAGAGCAGUCUGGAAGGUAAAGGUAGAGGUUCUCCUUCGACUCCGGAGUCGAAUCCGAGAAAUGAUGAUGAUGGAGAUGAUUUAGAUCCGUAUGGAGGAUUGUUCGACGAUGAGCAGACUAAAAUUCUCGCAAUCAAAGACCAGCUAGAAGAUCCACGCCAGUCUGAAGAAUCUGUGGCUGAAUUGCUACAAAACCUAGCAGAUAUGGAAAUUACAUUCCAAGCUCUUAAGGAAACAGAUAUAGGAAGGCACGUGAAUCAAUUUCGGAAACAUCCAUCAAAUCAAGUGCGGAGAUUGGUGAAGCAACUUGUCCGAAAAUGGAAAGAGUUGGUGGAUGAAUGGGUUCGGGUGAACCAAACCGAACAAGAUGCUUCUACUAUCAUUGCCGAUGGAGACUCACCACUGCAGAACACACUGGCAAAGAAUUUUCAAAAAGAUCAUCACCAGGUGCCUGAUUUUGCAUAUUCUCCAAAUCCGCAUACUGGGAGUUCUGGCUCAGACAAGAACAAUUCAGAGCCAGAGCAGAAGCCAAAAGCCAUUCCUAAAAGAGAUGCUCCCACCAAGCCUCCUCAAUCUGUUCCUCUACCUGCUUCUGUUCCUCCUCCAAACGUAAUGAUCACAUAUAUUGCACAUAUGCAUUGAUAGAUAUGUUCAAAUGCUCUGCAUAUUUCACUGCUGGGAAAUUUGACGAAAGGAAAUAAUAUGCUGUUUUGGGUCUCAUGGGUUGUGCUGUAUUAAUUUUCCUGAAAAUAAGAGGCAGCCGAACAGAGUAAACAUUUUGAGAAUCAGUGUUUUGAAGUAAUGUUUUGGGAAAAUUUGUAGAGACCCAAGAAGGAAACAGGCAUAGAUGUUGAAAAAUUGAAUUCUGCAAGGCGGCGGCUUCAUGAGAACUACCAAGAAGCUCAAAAUGCCAAAAAGCAAAGGACGAUUCAGGUGAUGGAUAUACAUGAGAUACCAAAACCAAAGAAUGCCUUCUUUGCCAAGAAUAAAGGCGGCUUUCAAGGGAGGCAGCAUCGGUGAUGGGUGGGUUAUUCCAUACAUUAUAUAUGCUGUAAUGUGUACCAUACGAUGGACCGGAUUUGUACCUUGUUUUGACUGUUACAGGGUUACCACAAAAUGGCAUAUCCCUGUUGUCAGAUUUUUACCCCCCCCCCUAAAACUCAUUGAUACU